AAGGGAGGAGGGGGAAAGGGAAAUCUUGGCUGCUGCAGGUCGGAUCAAGCCGGCAGCGCCCUCUCCUCCUGGCCGGCUUUGAUCAUCCGGGCUCUGAAAUCCGAGACUCCAGUGGUAGAUCUCACUGCUGGGAGAUUAGAAAUGAUUCAGGAGGAGGCAAUAGGAAAGGAUGGAGUUUUGUUGUAAUUUUUUAAAUUAUUUUUGGCUGGAUGUGAAAGGAAGCUCGAGACAGCCCAUAAAAAGGAAAGAAACUGCUUGUUCUUCCUUCCAGAAAUGGCCCGACACUCAGCGCAUCUGUGGAGAAAGGUGCGAGAGAGAUGAUGUUCCAGAAGAUUCUUGAAACCCUCUUUCCCUGGACCUCCUUCUCUGUCUGACACAUUGGGAAGCUGUUUCUGUUAAGUCACCCAGAUGUGAACGCAGGAGAAAAGAAUUCCCGACGACAGUAGAGAGAGAAAACCAUGCAUUUCUGUUCUUUUGGAGGAGACGGACAUGCAAAACUCUGGUGGCCCUGAAGCUGGGAAAUAGCCGGACGACGUGGAAGUCUGGAGCAAGGGGGAAAACGCUAGAAGGAACAGACCAAACCGAACACCGUGGGAGGCACUCUCAGUUCAGACAUCCAGUACCAGCAUUUCUGGGAGUUUUACUACCUGAAGAACGAGUCCCACCUCCCAAGCAGGCCCAUUGAGAGAUGUGGUGAAUCCUGGGACAUUUCACAUUGUGUCUUCAGAAUUGGUCACCUCAGAGUUUGUUCACCCAAGACCAUAGCACAUCCUCCUGCAGGAAGCAGAGGAAAAAGGAGGAGGAACUGUUUUCUCAGACCCUGGAAAUAACCUGGGAACACAUCAUCCUAUAUCUCUUCUGCAUGGAGGAAUGGAGAUGAGGUCCAUGAAGCCAGAGCAAGUUGCAGAAGCUCUGGAGGAGCUGUCUGUGUCUUUCUCAGAGGAAGAGUGGGCUCUGCUGGAUCCCGACCAAAGGGCUCUGCACAAGGAAGUCAUGGAGGAGACUCUGACCCAUCUGGUGUCUCUCGGUAUUGGAAUGAUGUUGGAAAGUUACCCUUGUUCAACUCUUUUUGGAGAAGUGGGAACAGCUCCUGCAGAACCGGAUCUGGCUGGAACAAGCUGCUGGAGCAGUGUCGGAUGCUUUCCUCCCUCGAAAAUGUCUCGGAGCUCGAAGUUCCCCUUCUCUCAGGAUGUCCUGGCGACCUUUGAGGAUAUUGCUGUCCAUUUCAUGGAAGAGGAAUGGGCUCUACUGAAUGAACGCCAGAGGGCUCUGCACCGAAAAGUCAUGGAGGAAAAUGUAGCCAGUCUGAUCUCUCUGGCCAUGAGUAGGAGAGUGAAGAUGAGUGAGGAAGAAGAAGGUGCUGUGUUUCUUGGCGCCAUCAUGGCUAAAAAGCAGAAAGAACCCUUAAAAUGCAGCAAGACCGUCCCGCGUAGAAGAUGCCUUGCUUCCCAUCACCAAUUCCAUACAUCAAAGGAGAUGCUGAAAAGUUUGGAAGAAGGAAGGAGCUUUGGUCAGAGUGGUCCACUUUUCUCCCAUCCAAGCAUCCACACAGUGGAGAAACCGUUUCAGUGCUUGGAAUGUGGAAAGGGCUUCACGCAGAGUGGAAAUCUUGCUUCCCACAUGAGAAUCCACAGAGGCGAGAAGCCAUUUCUCUGCUUGGAAUGUGGGAAGAGCUUCAGACAGAGCUCACACCUGGCUUCCCAUAUGAGAAUCCACACGGAAGAGAAACCCUAUCAAUGCAUGGAAUGUGAGAAAAGCUUCAGUCACCGCAAUACACUUAGUUCACAUCUUAGAACUCACACUGGGGAGAAACCUUUUAAGUGCAUGGAAUGCGGAAGGAGCUUCAGCCAAAGCAGCAUCCUUUCUAUUCAUCAGAGGACACACACUGGGGAGAAACCCUAUAAAUGCAUGGAAUGUGGAAAGAGCUUCAGUCACAGCAGUGCCCUGAGUUCACAUCACAGAACUCACACUGGGGAGAAACCGUAUAAAUGCGUGGAAUGUGGAAAGAGCUUCAGUCACAGCAGUGCCCUGAGUUCACAUCACAGAACUCACACUGGGGAGAAACCGUAUAAAUGCGUGGAAUGUGGAAAGAGCUUCAGUCACAGCAGUGCCCUGAGUUCACAUCACAGAACUCACACUGGGGAGAAACCGUAUAAAUGCGUGGAAUGUGGAAAGAGCUUCAGUCACAGCAGUGCCCUGAGUUCACAUCACAGAACUCACACUGGGGAGAAACCGUAUAAAUGCGUGGAAUGUGGAAAGAGCUUCAGUCACAGCAGUGCCCUGAGUUCACAUCACAGAACUCACACUGGGGAGAAACCGUAUAAAUGCGUGGAAUGUGGAAAGAGCUUCAGUCACAGCAGUGCCCUGAGUUCACAUCACAGAACUCACACUGGGGAGAAACCGUAUAAAUGCGUGGAAUGUGGAAAGAGCUUCAGUCACAGCAGUGCCCUGAGUUCACAUCACAGAACUCACACUGGGGAGAAACCGUAUAAAUGCGUGGAAUGUGGAAAGAGCUUCAGUCACAGCAGUGCCCUGAGUUCACAUCACAGAACUCACACUGGGGAGAAACCGUAUAAAUGCGUGGAAUGUGGAAAGAGCUUCAGUCACAGCAGUGCCCUGAGUUCACAUCACAGAACUCACACUGGGGAGAAACCGUAUAAAUGCGUGGAAUGUGGAAAGAGCUUCAGUCACAGCAGUGCCCUGAGUUCACAUCACAGAACUCACACUGGGGAGAAACCGUAUAAAUGCGUGGAAUGUGGAAAGAGCUUCAGUCACAGCAGUGCCCUGAGUUCACAUCACAGAACUCACACUGGGGAGAAACCGUAUAAAUGCGUGGAAUGUGGAAAGAGCUUCAGUCACAGCAGUGCCCUGAGUUCACAUCACAGAACUCACACUGGGGAGAAACCGUAUAAAUGCGUGGAAUGUGGAAAGAGCUUCAGUCACAGCAGUGCCCUGAGUUCACAUCACAGAACUCACACUGGGGAGAAACCGUAUAAAUGCGUGGAAUGUGGAAAGAGCUUCAGUCACAGCAGUGCCCUGAGUUCACAUCACAGAACUCACACUGGGGAGAAACCGUAUAAAUGCGUGGAAUGUGGAAAGAGCUUCAGUCAGAGCAGUGCCCUGAGUUCCCAUCACAGAACUCACACUGGGGAGAAACCGUAUAAAUGCAUGGAAUGUGGAAAGAGCUUCAUUCAGAGCAGUAGCCUCAGUUCCCAUCACAGAAGUCACACUGGGGAGAAACCACAUAAAUGCAUGGAAUGUGGGAAGAGCUUCAGACAGAGCUCACACCUGGCUUCCCAUAUGAGAAUCCACACGGAAGAGAAACCCUAUCAAUGCAUGGAAUGUGGAUUGAGCAUCAGUCGGAAGGGCAACCUGCAUUCACAUCAAAGAAUUCACACUGGGGAAAAACCAUACCAAUGCAUGGAAUGUGGAAAGAGUUUCAUUCAGAGCAGUAGCCUCAGUUCCCAUCAAAGAUCUCACACUGGGGAGAAACCAUAUAAAUGCAUGGAAUGUGGAAAGAGCUUCAGUCGUAGCAGUGCCCUGAGUUCACAUCACAGAACUCACACUGGGGAGAAACCAUAUAAAUGCAUGGAAUGUGGGAAGAGCUUCAGACAGAGCUCACACCUGGCUUCCCAUAUGAGAAUCCACACGGAAGAGAAACCCUAUCAAUGCAUGGAAUGUGAGAAAAGCUUCAGUCACCGCAAUACACUUAGUUCACAUCUUAGAACUCACACUGGGGAGAAACCUUUUAAGUGCAUGGAAUGCGGAAGGAGUUUCAGCCAAAGCAGCAUUCUUUCUAUUCAUCAGAGGACACAUACCGGGGAGAAACCCUAUCAAUGUGUGCAAUGUGGGGAGAGCUUCAGUCAGAACCAUCACCUUAGUUUACAUCUAAGAACUCACACAGGAGAGAAACCAUACAAAUGCACGGAAUGUGGGAAGAGCUUCAGUCGGAUCCAUCACCUUAGUUUACACCAAAGGACACACACAGGGGAGAAGCCAUACAAAUGCCUAGAAUGUGGGAAGAGCUUCAGUCACAGCAGUACUCUCAGUAGACAUCAAAGAACUCACACACGGGAGAAACCUUUUAAAUGCCCGGAAUGUGGUAAGGACUUCAGUCGCAGCUGUAGCCUUAAUUCACAUGAAAGAAUGCACACGGGGGAGAAGCCUUUUAAAUGCCUGAAAUGUGGGAAGAGGUUCAGUAGAACCUGUAACCUGCGUUCACAUCAAAGAACUCACGCAGGAGAGAAACUGUUUGGAUCAGAAAAUCUGUCAAGGGAUCCCAUGAGUUCACAGACCUUGCUUCUCCUCAAAGAAGCUACACAGCAGGAAAGCAUUUAGGUCCGGAAAUCUGAAAAGGUCUCAAUUCUGAUCACCCAUCAAAUAUUCCAUGGAGUUCGAGUGAAAACUCUCUUAAUUUCUCUGGGUGUGGAAAGAUCUUUAGGCAGAAAAGACAUUUUAUGUUGUAACCUUUUACAUUCUAUGGGGCUAUUUGGAUGAAUUUCACAUUUUUGCAUUUACGUAACAAACCACAUGAGUAAUUAGAGCAAUGACAAAAUGCUAGAAUUUUGCCCUUUAGAUUUCAAAGUCUAACAUAAAUGCAAGGUAUCCUUCCUCAACUGUGUUGGGUAUUCAAAACCCCCAAAUAAAAUAUCAUUUCAAUUG